GUAUUGUCUCUGUUCUCUUCUCUCUUCACAUUCUGAAGAAAGGAAAACAAAAAUUUUUUAAAAUUUUUCAAUGAUUUUGAACUUUUCAAAUCGAUUCUAAUCCAGUAAUCGCGGAUAAUCUACAUUUCUUAAGGGCAUAAUAUAUAUUUUGGAAUGGAUCGACGAGGUUGGCCAUGGAAGAAGAAAUUUUCCAAUAAAGCUGGAACCGACAAACAGGCAGUUCCAUCAGAUGGAAACGUUUCUUCAUUAUCUUCCCUAGCAUCACUUGGAGAUCAGAUUCAUGCGAAGGAUGGUUUGAUUACCCAACAUGCUAAAGUUGCUGAGGAAGCUGUUUCAGGAUGGGAAAAGGCGGAUUCGGAAGUUAUUGCAUUGAAACGACAACUUGAAAAUGUUACUCUUUUGAAGCUUUCAGUUGAGGAUCGAGCAUCCCAUUUAGAUGAUGCGCUCAAGGAGUGUACGAGGCGGGUAAUGAAUGUGAAAGAGGAAAGUGAAAAGAAAUUGCAUGAUGUGGUUUUAGCUAAAACCAUACAAUGGGACAAAAUAAAGCUUGAUCUUGAAGGGAAAAUAGCUGAAUUAGAUCAAGGACUAUUGAGGGCUGCAGCUGAAAACCAAGCUCUUUCAAGGUCAUUGCAGGAGCGGUCGAAUUUGAUUGCUCAAAUUGAGUUAGAAAAAUCUAAAACAGAAGCUGAAAUAGAACUUAUGAAGGAAAACCUUAUGUCACGUGAGAAGGAAAUAAGCUCACUGAAGUACGAGCUGCUUAUGGUUUCUAAGGAGCUUGAAAUUCGCAAUGAAGAAAAUAAUAUAAGUAUGAGGUCUGCAGAAGUACAAAACAAGCAACAUUUAGAAAGUGUCAGAAAAAUUGCAAAACUAGAAGCAGAGUGCCAAAGACUACGUGGCCUUGUCCGUAAGAGGUUUCCAGGGCCAGCUGCAUUGGCCCAAAUGAAGCAAGAAAUUGACAAAUUUGGCCUAGAUUUUAGUGGAUCUCAAUCACGAAGGAAUGUGGUCAAGAAUCCUAAGCCAAAUUUGUCUCCACAGAUGGAACUUUCUGCUGACAACUUGCUGCAAUCUCAUAAAGAGAUUGAGUAUCUUACUAGGCGUUUGUUGGAGAUAGAAGAGGAAACAAAGAUGCUUAAAGAAUCUUUGGCCACUCGCAAUAAUGAACUACAGGCUGCCAGAGACAUGUGUGCUAAGACAAGUGUCAGGGUUAAGAGCUUAGAAGCACAAAUGGAGGUCCUUAAUCAUCAAACAAGCUCCCCUAAAUCAAGCAUUGGACACACUGCUGACAAUCCUUCAAGUCAAUAUGCUAGUAAUGCACCCUGUAUCACUUCCCUGUCCGAAGAUGGGAUUGAUUUGGAAGGAUGUUCAGCCGAAUCUUUGCUACCGGCAAGCUCUGAUAUCUCUCAUUUGGGGAUGGAGAAGAGUAGUCAUAAAGUUAACAUGGAAGACAAUUCCCAUUGCUUGGACUUAAUGGAUGACUUUCUGGAGAUGGAGAAAUUGGCAUGUCUGGAAAAUGAUGUUGGUGGAGCUAAUGCUGUUUCACGCCAUCUAGAUGAUGCUGGAAAUUGUGAAUCAGAAGAUAAUAAAUCAAGCAAUGCUGUCAAAGGUCACGACCUCUUUUCUGAUCAAGAGCUUGGUUUCAGUCCAUCAUCAAAGCAGGGUUCUCCAAGCGUAAGAUCCUCAAUAACGGAGCUUCGGCAGGAUGUGAAUCUGCCUCUCCUGAAGCUUCAGUCUAGGGUUUUUACAGUUUUUGAGUCGCAAACUAAGGACAUGGAUUUGGGAAAGGUCUCGAAGGAUAUCAAAUUUGCUAUGUUGGAAAUAAAACAAGGAUCUCUCCCUCAGCACUCAGUCAACCCUUUUUCUGAGGGAGUUCAAAUAGGUUAUGGUCCCUCCAAUCAGAAAGGUUUACCUGAAAAGAGUUUGCUAUUCUUAGAUCAAGAGAGUGUCACAAAGCAAAAUUUGGCCUCCGCAAUAUCUCACAUUCAUCAGGUUGUACUAUCAUUUGGCAGAGAGGCAAUGAGAGUUCAGGACCCUCAUACUGAUUGCAGUGGGCUACGUAAAAAAUUAGACGACUUCUCUGCCUUUGUUGAGAAAUUUGUAUUCAAUGAGAAGCAUUUGGUUGAGUUCAUAUUGACACUUUCUCAUGUUUUUGCCAAAGCUAAUCAACUGAACCUUGGUGUCCUGGGAUUUAGGGGCUAUGAUGGAAAUGCCAGCAAUAAUGAUUACAUAGACAAGUUAGCUAUGUUAGGGAAUGAGGUUGUACAAGAUAAUUCAUCAAAACAGGCAUUUACUGGACGGUGCCACCGUAUUUGUCAUUCCUGUCCUGACUCAGAGCUGAAAUUGGAUAAAGAAAAUGUGGCAGUGGAUCUAGCAAGAAGCACUGAAGAUCUUGAAAAUACAAAGUCGCUACUACAAGAGACAGAAAGGAGUCUAACCGAACUGAAGCUACAGUUGGCUUCCUCUCAAAAUCUCUACAACCUGGCUGAAACUCAGCUGAAAUGUAUGACUGAGUCUUACAAGUCACUAGAAAUGCGUGAACAGGAGUUAGAAGCGCAGGUAAACCUUUUACGAGAAAAGUUAUCGAAGUUAGAUGAUGAACUACUAGAAGAAAAGCGUGGUCAUCAGGAUGCCCUAGCUAGAUGCAAGGAUCUGGAGGACAAACUGCAAAGGAAAUAGAGAUGGUAGACGCAGCAGAAAAGCUUGCAGCAUGUCAGGAGACUAUUUACCUUCUUGGGAGGCAAUUGCAAGCCUUGCGCAC